AUGUUAUCAGUUUUCGAAAUAACUCUGCUCGCUAACAACUGGAUAACGUUUAUUGUGGGUAUCACUGGCAACACGUUUGUUUUAUGCCUGUGCUUCAAAGUGAGGAAUGCCGAGAUUAUGAAGUAUCAGUGGAAUAUAGCAGCAACAGCAAUUCUUCAGCUUAUUGAAUGCCUUAGUCUCACUCUUAUUCAGAUUGUGGGUAUUUUUGUCAUGAAUGGUUGA